GCAGCGAGGAUGCCGUCCCUCGAACAGCGGAAGCGGCCGACGGCGUGCGGUACAGGAUUCAACGUUCGUCUGUGGUGCAACACUGACCCAUGCGGGAUUGUAUGCGCCGUCAUCUCGUGGUUCUUGGUGCUUUACGCCGAAUUCACCGUCGUGGGCGUGGUGGUGUACCCGUGGAUGGGUCUGUCGCCUUUGGGUCUGCUUCAUAUCGCUAUCUUCACAGGGCUUUGCUUCCUGGCGCUAGUAUCGCACGGAAAAGCCAUGCUGACGGACCCUGGAUCUGUUCCCGAGUCGGCACUACCGCUGGCAUUAGCAAACGCGUCUAAGGACGAAAUUUCCAGACUGGAGGAGCAGAAAUACCGGACGUGCCGUCGGUGCCGCCAGUUUAAGCCGGGGAGAGCGCAUCAUUGCUCGAUCUGCGAUCGCUGCGUCAUCAAGAUGGACCACCAUUGCCCCUGGGUGAACAACUGCGUGGGACUGGGCAACCACAAGUUCUUCCUCCUCUUCAUCUUCUACGUGUUCAUGCUAUCGGCCUAUGCAUUGACGCUGGUGUUCUUCCGCUACGCUAAGUGCAUCAAUGAGUCCUGCCCAACGUACGGAGCUAUUCGGGUUGUCUGCUUGAUUCUUGAGGCCGUGCUCUUUGGUCUCUUCACCAUGUGCAUGAUGUGCGACCAGUACAGCGUCAUCACCACAGGAACUACACAGAUUGACCGUCUCAAGGGCGAAAGUGCAGAUAACCUUGGUCUACGAGAAGUUUUCGGCGGCGCAGACUGCAAAUUCUCUUUACAUUGGCUCCUCCCAGUGAACAUUUGGUUCCCAACGUCGGUAAAGAACCAAGUACUGGGCUACGUGCUUGAACACGAGCUAAUAUUCUCCGAGGACGAAACCUCGGAGAUGGAUACUUUCCUUGACGACGACAGCGUGUCCGAUACUGCCAUCACGAUGACAACGGAAACUUUGGAGGGCGGCUGGUCCGUGGAGAAACGAGUGCCAGCCAGUGAAGCAGCUGACGUCGUGUAGUAACGGUAGGCGGAAAGCACCGAAUCGUAUAGUAAUAAGCCUGGGCAGAG